AUUCCAUGGAUUCAUUCCACGCCGUCGUUUCCGUGUUGCUUCCCCGGCCCAGCUCCUCCCUCUGUCUCCCCUCUCCCCCACCUUCUCUUGGAUUAGUCUCGCGCUCCCGAGAGGUCAGGAGGAGAAAAGUCACAGUCCAACUCUCUCGCCAUCUCUCUUUUUAACGCCUGUCCAGGUCUCGCCGCCAUUGCGUCAGGGACUCUCUCGGAACCCCGGUUCUUGCCAUACUCGCAGGUCUGCUUCGUCUGCCGGGGCUCCCGUCGAGGUCGAUCCUGCCAUCCUGGUUGAGCAUCAUUGAGUUAAAGAGAACAUGUUUCGGAAAAAGCAAGCUUCUCAUUUUGAUUCAGAUGAUGCUGAGCAGAGACAAGCAAAGAUCAAGGAACUAAGAGCUGCUCUUGGGCCUUUAUCUGGCCGUGGAGAGAAAUAUUGCGAUGAAGCAUGCUUGAUAAGAUAUCUCGACGCCCGCAACUGGAAUGUUGACAAGUCUAGAAAAAUGCUGAAAGAAAGUCUCAAGUGGAGGGCAACUAAGAGACCUGAGGAUAUUCGCUGGCCGGAUGUUUCCGUUGAAGCAGAAACAGGUAAAAUGUACAGGGCAACUUUCACAGAUAGAGAGGGCAGAACCGUGGUUGUAAUGAGACCGGCAAAGCAGAAUACAUCGUCUCACGAAGGGCAGUUGCAGUAUCUUAUAUAUACCUUGGAGAAUGCUGUUCUCAGCCUGCCUGAAGGUCAUGACAAAAUGGUGUGGCUGAUAGACUUCACAGGGUGGACACUGGCCCAUGCAACCCCCUUCAAGACUGCCAGAGACUGUAUGAAUGUCCUGCAAAACCAUUACCCGGAGAGGCUUUCAAUUGCAUUUCUGUUCAAUCCGCCCAAAGUAUUUGAGGCUUCUUUCAAGGUUCUCAAAGUACUGGUUGACCCGAAAUCAGCCCAGAAACUGAACUUUGUGUACAAGGAGAACGAUGAGAGCAUGAAGACUAUGUACAACCACAUUGAUCCGGAAGUCCUUCCUGUGGAGUUUGGAGGGAAGAACAAUGCCGUGUACAACCAUGAAGAUUACUCUAAGUUGAUGACAAAGGAUGACAUCAAAACAGCAAGCUUUUGGGCAGCAGAUGUUAACCAUGUCGUCAGCGUGGACUCGGUUCCUGAGGUUAAGCCGCAGUCGUCACUAAUUGUUGCUAAAGCGAGUUGAGGAACAUCGGCCAGCCAUCUUAUCUAUUAUUGCAAAAGUUGGUUGAGGAGCUUCAGUGAGCCGCUGUGACGGUUCUCGGUACAGCUCUGGAAGAGAAGAGGAAUGUAUCGAUAUGUUUGCAUAAAUAAAUGUAACUGCAGAAUAUCUCGCUUGUGAUGUUACAAAAAUAGUUAAUACAACAAUCCUAUAUUCCCUUGGCCAACAAUUUGACA